CUGGUCAGCAGAGGCUGAACGUGAGCCAGGUGUGCCCAGGUGGCCAAGAAGGCCAAUGGCACCUGGCUUGUGUCAGCAAUAGUGUGGCCAGCAGCACCAGGACAAUGAUUUUGCCUCUGUACUGGGCACAGGUGAGGCCACGCCUCAGGUGCUGUGUCCAGUUCUGCGCCCCUCGAUUCAGGAAGCACUCAGUGCCACGGGCUGGGUCACAGGGUGGACUGGAUGAUCUCAGAGCUUUUUUCCAGCUUUAAUGACUGUGAUCUGUGGGGUGCCCGGGCCGCUGGAGAGCCCGCGUUUCCCGUGGGUGAGCCCGGUGCCGCCGAGCCCCGCGCUGCUCCCUCACGAUGCUCCCUCCCGCUGCCGCCGCCCGCCCCGCCUUCCCGCGGUGACGGCAGAGCGCGGCGCCGGUGACGGCAUCCGGCCGAGCCCGCCGCGGCAGGAGGGGACAGGGCCAGGCCGGGAGCGGGGCAGGAGGGGACGGGGCCAGGCCGGGCCAUGGCUCCCGCGGCCGUGCAGCCGCCCGAGGUGCAGUUCGCGCAGCGCUUGGCCGCCAACGAGAAGCGCAUCCGAGACCGCGCCCUCAAAAAGCUGCGGGGCUACAUCGGCGUGCGGACCCAGCGCCCCGCCGGUGGCUUCAGUCGUGAAGAACUGCUGAAAAUAUGGAAGGGCCUUUUCUAUUGUAUGUGGAUGCAGGAUAAACCUCUGCUUCAGGAGGAACUUGCAGCCAAUAUUUCACAGCUUAUCCACGUGUUUCAGAAUACAGAGGCUCGACAUCUGUUCAUCCAGACGUUUUGGCAGACAAUGAACCGGGAGUGGAACGGGAUUGACAAUCUGCGUCUGGACAAGUACUACAUGCUGAUGCGCCUGAUUUUGAGGCAAUCCUUUGAAGUGCUGAAAAGAAGUGAAUGGGAUGAGGGUCUAGUUGAACCAUUGCUGCAGCUGUUAAUGAAAGAAAUUAUGGACCCAGACAGCAAUUCUCCCACUGGGAUAAAGUUCCAUUUCAUUGAUAUCUAUCUGGAUGAAUUGGCUAAAGUUGGUGCCAAGGAGCUCACAGCAGACCAGAAUCUCAAGUUCAUUGAACCUUUCUGCAAAAUUGCUGCCAAAUCAAAAGAUCGGCGUGUGCUCCAUGCUGUGGCCACCGGCGUCUUCGAGAUGAUCGUGGAUCAGUCGCCCUUCGCCAUCGAGGACCUGAUGAAAGAGCUGGGUGCCAACAGUGAUGAGGAGAAUGCUUCUGAGGAAGGCAAACAGGAAAAUGAGGAGAUGCUUAAAACCAAAGACAGAUGUCCAUCAAGAAAAUCAGCAGAGAACUCUGAGAAAACAGAGGAUAUCAAUGAAAAUGCUGAUGAUGGGAUUGGAACUGUUCUUCAGUUUGAUUACAAGGCUGUUGCUGACAAAAUCUUCGAAUUUGCAAGCAAGAAGAAUACACCUUCCGUGAACAGAAAGAGGCUGUACAAGCUGGUCAAAAAGUUCCAGGACUUAGCAGAAGGAAUCUUCCCCCAAGAUAUUCCCGAAGAUGUUUCUUCAGAUGAAGAUGAUGAUGAAUCCGGUAGGCGAAAGAGAAAGAAAAAAGCUGUCAAGCCUUGGCAGCAAAAUGAGCUGGAAAAAGUGAAAGAGGAUAAAGAAGAAUUGUCAAGUGUGAAGGUGCCAUCAGUUCCCCAGAGGAAGAGGAAAAAAAGGAAGAAGAGGGACAGCCCAAGUGCUGAUUCUGGAACAGCUGAUGGAAACUGUGAGGAGGGAAAAGCUGAAACAUCUGGAUCCAAUGCUUCUAGCCAGGAAAAGGUGCCAGAAAAUAACAAGGAGAGGAAGAGAAAGAAAUUGCUGGUAAAUGAGGCCAGUGAGACCACAAAUGUAGCAACUGACACCAGAGAAAAUCACAGUAUCUGUGUGCAGAACAGUCUGACUGACGCAGAACAGAGUAAAAAGAGUCAGCUGAAGAAAAUGAAUCCCAAAGUGCAGAAUGUUCCUGCAAAAGCAGCGUGUCAGAAUGGACCAGCCACUGCCAGUGCAGCAGAGGAUGUCAGCCCAUCUGCCACGCUGUUACCUCCUAAGGCUGGGAAGAAGAAGCAGAAAGCAGGGGCUGUCCUGGUGAAUGGGGAUCCCCCUGUGCAGCAAACUGAGCUGAAACCCAGCAAGGAAGGCUUGCUGGGGACCCUGCCAAGAAAGGCAGGGGCUGAAUCUGCACCCUCCAGAAAGGUCACGCUGAAGACAAAGACAAAGUUAGUUGGUUUGGAAGGGAUGAAAGUCUCCAGUCAGAAUGCAGCAACUCUGAAAAAGAAGAGAAAAGUUAAAGACGUGCUGAUCUCUGUCGAAGCCAACGGAGGUCUGGAGACUGUGUGCAAGAAAAGCAGGAAGGUGGAAGGCAGUACUGCCCUGCCACCGUUAAAGAAAAAGAAAGCUAAACCAGGAAGUGAUUUUGUAAAAUUUGAAAAAUCAACUGUACCAAAGGCAGUGUUCUUCAGGAAAGCCAGAAGCACCAUCUCUUCCACCAGGACAUCCAUGCAGCUGAACAAACUGCAGACACCCAGCUCCAAAAAAGUCACGUUUGGCUUGAAUAAAAACAUGACUGCAGAAUUUAAAAAGACUGACAAAAGUAUAUUAGUGAGCCCAGAAGGACCCUCCCGUGUGGCUUUCAAUCCUGAACAGAAACCUCGUCAUGGGGUGCUGAAGUCACCCACAGUGACCCCAGCAAAAGAGCCCCAAAUGAAGAGACCAUUUACAAUGUCAGCUAAGAAGAGACCAACUGCUGUGGACUUCUUUUAAACCAAUAAAUGUGGCCUACUUUUGUACAGGACAUUUUGCUAACCUAGAAUGUUCUCUGGAGGUAUUUUGAACUUCUUUAUUUUUUUAAGUUAACACAAAUUGUAUAUACAAAAUCCUGAUUAUGACCUGGGUCAUUGCUAUUUUGAAACCACUUCAGCUCUACCUUGAAAUAAAUGUUUUGUCUUUUUACAGAAAAGAAACAAAAUCCAAUCUCUGCUCAGGUUUGGUCUACAAAAAGUAUGGUCUUUGCCCAUGUUAUUCCCAAGAGACUUGUCCAUUUAAUUAAGGAAUGUUCAGGGUUUGAUUGUUCCAGUGAUUUUUUUUUUGAGCCAGUGUGAGAUAACGCACUUCAUGCUGUUAAACUGUCUUUCAUUAGGCAGAGUUUAAAUUGGAAAAAGGCAAUGCAAAUUUUAAGCCUCCUUGAUCAUGUGUUUUAAAAUUCUACUCUGUCAUUUUUCAUGUAUGACCCCUGGCAUCCUGUUAUUUCUUCUGGAAUUAAUGAUUACCUCAUGUCUCUGUUGAAUAACAGCUGUUCUAGGGUAGCUUUGCAGCUAGCAAGCGAGCUUUCCCUGGGAUAAGAAACUCUUAGCUGUUGCUUAAGUGGUCACUGGUGCAAAUAAACCUUCACAGCUGGUUGCCUGCUGACUUGGUGGCAAGUCACCACAUUAUUUUCAUUAAUCCAAGUGCCAAAGCUGGCUUGAGCCUGUCACACUGUGAGCUGGCUCCUUCACUGAACUGAAAUUCGUACUCCUGCGCAGGAGAAAUCUUUGAUAUUUCCAGGUCUUUCCCCAGCCCCCUCUGCUGCCUUUCCUGAAGGCCUGGCAAGACUCCUGGUUUUCUGCUUUAGCUGCUGGUGUCACCACAUUGUGCCAGAAUUCAGCCCUCGUUCAGUGCAUGAACCUCUGCCUGGACCCAAGUGAGCUGGAUGGGUGUCGUGCGUCUUUGGGUACGACACAUCUCUGAAAGCUUUGGUGCCUCUGAGUACAGCAUGAAACUACAGCCCAUGCAGCUUGGUUUUGGUUUUGAUGUAGAAUCAGAUGUCCACUUGGCAUUUCUUGGAGUUCUGUUUUUAUUUGGGUAUUUUAUUACUACUCUGCGUGUUUUGUUUUUAAUUUGCUUCUUUAGCAAAUAAAGAUUGAGGUGAGGAUUGAGGUGCAUUUCUGCUAGAGAUCAUUUAUGUAAUCUGAAUGGGAACGGUGAGGAGGGGAAGACUAAAACAAAACCCUUUUUGAUACAAUUGGAAGAUUUGAAAUCUUUCUUUGGAAAUUUUCUGUAUGUGAAUGAGUCAAAGGCUUUGCAGCAGCUCUACAUUAGAGCUCAGCUUGGAAGCACAGCCUAGUGCCAGAGCAAAACUGUUCAUGAAGCUUUACAGCAGUUAUUCCUGUAAGAGGAAGGGUGAACCUGCUUCAUUACCUUGUCUUAGGAUAACUGGAUUAUCAGUUAAAUAAACUGAUAAAUGUUUAUUUAGCUACUUCAGCCAGCAGAAUUACAUUUUGUGAUAUAUUUGCAUACUUCAGCGCUGUUUUUUACCAGUCCUUGACAUUGUCCUCUGCCAGACUGUUCCUCAUAAGCAACUGUAUUGAAACUGUUCUUUUGUAGCUCAUCUACAAUUGCUUCAAAAUACUGGGGGUACUUCCAGAUGGCUGGUUGGUCUCAGCUGCUCAAUUCUAAUCCGUCCCAGUUCUCUCACUGAGUUUGUGACAGUCCACGGUUUGUGGUACUGCCAGAAAUUAAUUUUGCUCUUGUCUUUUCUCAUUUACAGUGAAGGACUGAAUUUCAUUUGGUUUUGGUAUUGGUUUAGGCUGUAUCUGUUUCUGUGAUCAAUAAGGAACUCUGGAGAAUACACUGAUAAAUUAAUGAUACUCAUUUAUGCAAGUAUUGUUCAUUUAAGUUUCAAAAAGCUCAUUGUAUAUUAGCACAAUGGAUUUUGUUGACAAGAUGAUGGUAAGUAGGGUGUAACAGCCUGUUCAAUAUGUUGUACUGUUACUUUGUCCUGUGGGUGAAAAGUGUCCUGUGGAAUAUGCAUAAAACCAUUUGUAUGUGCAUGGUUGUGAAUGCCUCAGGUUGGAGAUGCCACAUUACUCCAAAGAUAGAGAUGCAAAAAAUCACUCAGUGGAUCUGGUGUACACAGAAAAAUCCAAGAUCCAGACACUCUGGGGUUUAGUUUUAAUACAUAUAACUUAUUAUGGAAGUAUAUUGGUUGUCUGGGUCUUUUUCUGUUGAUUGUAGAUCCACUGAACCUAUUGCUUGUACAACUAUUUUGUUGCCCAUAGCGUUAAAUCAAGAGGGCAGAAAUGGCAGUCAGGUUUUAUCUAAAAUUUUAGUGAUGUGAUUGCUUGUUGUGAUGCAACCAUCAUCCAUCUGUGCCACAAAACUGGUGCAGUGUUUUGUAAAUAUACCUGUGAGGUGGGUAUUGUCUGCAGUGGUGUCUGGAAUUUCAUUCAGGACAAUUUACAAACAAAACCCGACCACUGUCACUGCAGUUUAUUCAGCAUUGUUGGGUUACAUUUGAAUAUAUUACCCAGAUUAUUUGGAUAGUGACAAUGCCAAGAAACAUUCAAGAAAAAAAAGAAAUGUAACUUGCAGUUUCCACUGCACAGACACAACAGGACUCUGAGGAGAAGUGUAUUGGUAAGAAAAGAGAAAGGAAAACUCAUCUGACCUGUUUGAUGUCACUUGAUGGGGUUUUUUUCAGUGUUACUCCAGUUCCCUAGCUGCCAGCCAUGCUUUGAGUCAAAAAUAAUGUGGCCUAACUUUUAAAAGACAGUGGUUUUUAAUGAUUGUCUCUGUGUUUUUGUUACGAAUCUGAUCAACUUUGUCAAGCUCUAUUAGUUUAUAAUUCUUCAUAGCUUCAAGAGAACUCAAAAGCACAAAAUUAAUUCAGCAAGGCAAAAAGUUGAAAUUCUAUUUCAAAUAUUGGAUAUGCAAGGUGUCUUAUAGUCUGUCAAAACUGUGUGACUUGGAAAGUAUCCAGUGCCCUUUGUCAUGAAUUAUCUGCACUGAGAUUUCAUUAGAGGCAGGAAGAAAAGUAUCAUUUUAUGUUCCUCUGCAAGAGCAUUGUUAAUACAAAUACAGUGUCUAAGCUUUACAUCAUUUAAUUUAGUCCAAUAAACCAUAUUUUUUUGUGGA